GAGCAGGCAUUGCUUCUGCUCUGGCUCUGUAGGGUCUUGCUGCAGGGUGACUGAAGCUCCCAGGUGCUGUGGUCAUACAGAUUAGAAGUGUAUUGACUGAAAGAAAAAUAAAAACUUGGAUUCCUAUUGAAACACAAGGCUGGAGGAGAAUAGGAGAGUCUGGAGGGCUGGGAGCACGGGACAAUGCUGCUGGAAGGAAUGUGAGCCACGGAGCAUGGUUGGUGCCACAGCUAUCCAGGUGCUGAGAGCUGUCUGCAAAGGGCUUUGUCGAUGAAGGAAGGAAUUGGCUGGGACUUGAGAGCACAAAGCAGUUCCUAACACGCUUCAACAUGCGCAAAGGGGUGCCAAAGGACCCAGAAAUAGCUGACCUGUUCUACAAAGAUGAUCCUGAGGAAAUAUUCGUGGGUUUGCAUGAAAUUGGACAUGGAAGCUUUGGAGCAGUUUACUUUGCUACGAAUUCCCACACUAAUGAGGUGGUGGCAGUCAAGAAGAUGUCCUAUAGUGGAAAGCAAACAAAUGAGAAAUGGCAGGAUAUCAUCAAAGAAGUCAAGUUUCUCCAACAGCUGAAGCACCCCAACACCAUAGAGUACAAGGGCUGUUACCUGAAGGAGCACACGGCGUGGUUGGUUAUGGAGUACUGUUUAGGAUCAGCUUCUGAUUUGCUAGAAGUUCACAAGAAACCACUCCAGGAAGUGGAGAUUGCUGCCAUCACCCACGGUGCCUUGCAGGGGCUGGCCUACCUGCACUCCCACUGUAGGAUCCACAGGGAUAUUAAAGCUGGAAAUAUUCUUCUAACAGAACCAGGUCAGGUGAAACUGGCUGAUUUUGGGUCUGCAUCUAUAGUCUCCCCUGCCAACUCUUUUGUGGGAACGCCUUACUGGAUGGCACCAGAGGUGAUCCUCGCUAUGGACGAGGGGCAGUACGAUGGGAAGGUGGAUGUUUGGUCUCUGGGGAUCACAUGCAUCGAGUUAGCUGAAAGGAAGCCUCCACUUUUCAACAUGAAUGCAAUGAGUGCCUUAUAUCACAUAGCCCAGAACGAUUCCCCUAGGUUACAAUCAAAUGAAUGGUCAGACUCCUUUAGGGGAUUUGUUGAUUACUGCUUACAGAAAAUACCUCAGGAAAGGCCAUCAUCAACAGAUUUGUUACGGCACGAUUUUGUCCGCCGGGAGCGACCACCCAGGGUGCUCAUAGACCUGAUCCAGAGGACCAAGGAUGCAGUGAGGGAGCUGGACAACCUGCAGUACCGGAAAAUGAAGAAAAUCCUCUUCCAGGAGACCCGCAACGGCCCCCUCAACGAGUCCCAGGAGGAGGAGGAGGACAGUGAGCAUGGAUCAAACCUGAGUAGGAAGAUGGACAGUCUGGGCAGCAACCAUUCCAUCCCCAGCAUGUCUGUGAGCACAGGCAGCCAGAGCAGCAGUGUGAGCAGCAUGCAGGAGGUCCUGGAUGAGAGCAGCCCUGAGCUGGUCAUGAUGCAUAGUGACGAGAGCACCAUUAAUUCCACCUCCUCCGUUGUUCACAAGAAGGAUCAUGUAUUUAUAAGGGAUGAGGUGGGCCACAGGGAUCGCAGGCCUGAGGUGCGGCCUACCCAGUCAGUGCAGAAUCAGGCCCUCCACUACCGGAACCGAGAGCGCUUUGCCACAAUCAAAUCAGCAUCUUUGGUUACAAGACAGAUCCAUGAGCAUGAGCAGGAGAACGAGCUGCGGGAACAGAUGUCAGGAUAUAAGCGGAUGCGGCGCCAGCACCAGAAGCAGCUGAUCGCCCUGGAGAACAAGUUGAAGGCCGAGAUGGACGAGCACCGCCUCAAGCUGCAGAAGGAGGUGGAGACACACGCCAACAACUCGUCCAUUGAGCUGGAGAAGCUGGCCAAGAAGCAAGUGGCUGUGAUGGAGAAGGAGGCAAAGGCAGCUGCAGCAGAUGAAAAGAAAUUCCAGCAACAGAUUUUGGCUCAGCAAAAGAAAGACCUGGCGACCUUUUUAGAAAGUCAGAAGAAACAAUACAAGCUUUGCAAGGAAAAGAUUAAAGAGGAAAUGAAUGAGGACCACAGCACACCCAAGAAAGAGAAGCAAGAAAGGAUAUCCAAACACAAAGAGAACCUGCAGCACACACAGGCUGAAGAGGAGGCCCAGCUUCUCAGCCAGCAGAGACUCUACUACGACAAAAACUGCCGUUUCUUCAAGAGAAAAACGAUGAUCAAGAGGCAUGAGAUGGAGCAGCAGAACAUUCGGGAAGAGCUGAACAAGAAGCGGACGCAGAAGGAGAUGGAGCACGCCAUGCUGAUCCGGCACGACGAGUCCACGCGGGAGCUGGAGUACCGGCAGCUGCACACGCUGCAGAAGCUGCGCAUGGACCUCAUCCGGCUGCAGCACCAGACUGAGCUCGAGAACCAGCUGGAGUACAACAAGCGGCGCGAGCGGGAGCUGCACAGGAAGCAUUUCAUGGAGCUCCGGCAGCAACCAAAGAACCUGAAGGCUAUGGAAAUGCAGAUCAAAAAGCAGUUCCAGGACACAUGCAAAGUGCAAACUAAGCAGUACAAAGCACUGAAGAAUCACCAGCUGGAAGUAACUCCAAAGAGUGAGCACAAGACAAUUCUGAAGAGCCUGAAGGACGAGCAGACACGGAAGCUCGCCAUCCUGGCCGAGCAGUACGAGCAGAGCAUCAACGAGAUGAUGGCCUCGCAGGCGCUCCGGCUGGACGAGGCCCAGGAAGCUGAAUGCCAAGCCCUGAGACUGCAACUCCAGCAGGAGAUGGAGCUGCUCAACGCCUACCAGAGCAAAAUAAAGAUGCAGACAGAAGCACAGCACGAAAGGGAACUCCAGAAGCUGGAGCAACGGGUGUCGCUGCGCAGGGCACACCUGGAACAGAAGAUCGAAGAGGAGCUCGCCGCCCUCCAGAAGGAACGUAGCGAGAGGAUCAAGUUUCUGUUGGAAAGGCAGGAGCGAGAGAUUGAGACGUUCGACAUGGAGAGCCUGCGGAUGGGCUUUGGGAAUUUGGUCACAUUAGAAUAUCCCAAGGAGGACUAUAGAUGAGGUUAAAUUUCUUUGCCAUUUAAAAAAAAAAAACAACAAAA